AACCAAUCCUAUAUUAUUUUCUGCCUUUCUAACAAACACAGACACACAGAAAUGGCUCUAACACUUCGUUCUUCGGUUUCCCUCGUCAACCAGAAAGAAACCAGACUCCCAAAACCCAAAGAAGACGUUUCCACAAAAGUUUCUUACCUCGGAAAAACGAAAGUAAACCAAUCUUUCCGUCUCCGAAUCAAGAGUUCCAUGCAACAAACACAUGUCACAGGAGACAACAGCAGCAAAAACUUCAACGCCCAAGUGACGAUGAAAAAUGAGAAAAGGGAGAAGCUUCACGCGCCGUUGGUUGGUCAUAGUCAUAAUGAUUCGAUGAGAGUGCCGGUGUUUGUGAUGCUGCCAUUGGACACUGUAACAAUGGGGGGCACUUUGAAUAAGCCGAGAGCGAUGAAUGCUAGUUUGAUGGCUUUGAAAAGUGCAGGAGUUGAAGGAGUGAUGGUGGAUGCUUGGUGGGGUUUGGUGGAAAGAGAAGAACCCUUGAAGUAUAACUGGGAAGGCUAUGCUGAACUUGUGCAAAUGGUUCAAAGGCAUGGCUUGAAGCUUCAGGUUGUCAUGUCUUUCCAUCAAUGUGGUGGAAAUGUCGGAGACUCCUGCAGUAUUCCUCUGCCUCAGUGGGUGCUGGAAGAAAUCAGCAAGAACCCUGAACUGGUUUACACAGACAGAUCAGGGAGGAGGAAUCCUGAAUACAUAUCCUUGGGCUGUGAUUCAAUGCCUGUUCUUCGGGGAAGGACACCCAUUCAAGUGUACUCUGAUUACAUGAGGAGCUUCCGUGAUAGAUUCAGAGACUAUUUGGGCAGUGUUAUCAUGGAAAUUCAAGUGGGAAUGGGUCCUUGUGGGGAGCUAAGAUAUCCAUCUUAUCCUGAAAGCAAUGGAACUUGGAAGUUUCCUGGCAUUGGAGAAUUCCAGUGCUACGACAAGUAUAUGAGAGGUUCCUUGGAAGCAUCAGCUGAGGCCAUUGGGAAGAAAGAUUGGGGAAGAAGUGGACCCCAUGAUUCUGGCCAGUACAACAAUUUUCCCGAAGAAACUGGAUUUUUUCGUAGGGAAGGAACAUGGAACUCAGAAUACGGACAAUUCUUCCUUGAUUGGUACUCCACCAAGCUUGUUGAACACGGUGAGAGAAUCCUUGCAUCAGCCAAAGGCAUAUUCAACUCGCGUGGGGUGAAAUUAUCUGCCAAAGUUGCUGGAAUUCAUUGGCACUACAAGGCAAGGUCACAUGCAGCAGAACUAACAGCAGGCUACUACAACACUCGGUUUCAUGAUGGGUACCUAGCAAUAGCAGAAAUGCUGGCAAAGCAUGGUGCAGUGUUCAACUUCACCUGCAUGGAAAUGAGGGACAAAGAACAAUCCGAGCAUGCUAGUAGCUCCCCAGAGGGCUUGGUUCAUCAAGUGAAGAUGGCAACCAGAAGAGCAGGAGCAGAACUUGCUGGGGAAAAUGCUCUUGAGAGAUAUGACGCAGCUGCAUUUUCUCAAGUUUUGGCAACAAGUGACUCUGGUUCUGGAUUGUCUGCAUUUACUUUUCUCAGAGUGAACAAGAACUUGUUCGAGGGAGAAAAUUGGAGGCACUUUGUGGAGUUUGUGAAAAGCAUGUCAGAGGGUGGUAGGAGACAAAGCCUUCCACUUUCUGAUUCCUGCGGCACUCAUCUUUACGUUGGACACAUCACAGGAUUUAAGAAGCAGCAAGAGCAGGCUCAACAUGUUGCUCUCGUCUGAACACAUGUAUACUAUGUAGCUAAAUUCAAAGCAUCAUAGUUUUAUAUACAACUGAAAAGGAUGUAGAAUUAUGAUUGCUAUACGCAUGGAAAAUGGCAUAUAUUAUAGCCAAAUUCCAACAUACCCUUCUUAUGUAGUUCGCUUGAAGUCGUUUGUUCCAUUCUUGUAAUAUGUUCAAACUUUUCAAUAAGAGAAAGGAAAGAUCUUUCCUUCUCAUUUGAUUAA